GCCGCCUCCAUCUUGGCGGAGCGGCGCGUUUGGGGGUCCCGGCCCGGAGCGGGGGGGGGGGGGCCCGGACUGGGGGUCCCGGCCCGGAUUGGGGGGUCCGGGCUCGGAUCGGGGGGUCCCGGCCUGGACUGGGGGGUCCCAGCCUGGACUGGUGGGGGUCCGAUCCCGGAUUGGGGGAGUCCCGGCCCGGACUGGGGAUCCCGGCCUGGACUGGGGGGUCCUGGCCUGGAUUGGGGGGGUUGCCUUGGGUGCAGCCCCUUGAGGGAGUUCAGGGUUUUGGGGGUCCCUUGGGUGCAGCCCUGAGAGGGGAGUGCAGGAUUUUGGGGUCCCCUUGGGUGCAGCCCCUUGAGGGGAGUGCAGGAUUUUGGGGGUCCCCCGGAGGUGUUCCCUUUGAGCGGGGGUGUCGCUGGGUUUUGGGGUUCAUUUGCCUGUGGUAGCGGGGUUUGGGGGUCCCCAAAUUAAUCACUGCAGGAGAGGGUCCUCAAGAGGUCCGGGGGGCUUUGGUACCCCCAGAAAUCAGGGGGAGGUGUUGGGGUGCCCCGAGGAGCCCCUGGUGUGGGGUGACACUGAAGACCCUGUUUUGGGGUGACCCCAAGUCCUCCUCACACUUGAGGUACCCCCAAAGCCCCCUGGUUUUGGGGGGACCCCUGAAAGCCCCUUUUUGGGGUGACCCCAAGGACCCGCGUGUUUGGGGGUGCGCCAAGUCCCACUUUUGUCCUCAAGACACCCCAUUUUUGAGCACCCCCUGACCCCCCCCAUUUUUGGGGUGGCCCAAAGACACCCCCCCCCCCCGUUUUUGAAGUGACCACGACAACCCCAUUUUUUGGUGGGUGACCCUGAGGACUCCUGGUUUUUGGAGUGACCACGCCAAGCCCGUUUUCUGGGGGGUGACCCUGAGGACCCCCCGUGUUUGGGGGUGAGCCGGUGGCCGUUUUCGGGGUGCCUCGGGGCCAUGGCGUGGGCGCUGAAGCUGCCGCUGGCGGACGAGGUGAUCGAGUCGGGGCUGGUGCAGGAUUUCGACGCCAGCCUCUCGGGCAUCGGGCAGGAGCUCGGCGCCGGCGCCUACAGCAUGAGCGACGUCCUGGCUCUGCCCAUCUUCAAGCAGGAGGAGUCCAGCCUGCCCCCGGAGAGCCAGGACAAGCUGCUGCCCUUCCAGUACGUGCUGUGCGCCGCCACCUCCCCCGCCGUCAAGCUGCACGACGAGACCCUCACCUACCUCAACCAAGGUCAAUCCUACGAGAUCCGGAUGUUGGACAACAGGAAACUUGGGGAGCUGCCCGAGAUCAACGGGAAACUGGUCAAGAGCAUCUUCCGGGUGGUUUUCCAUGACCGGCGGCUGCAGUACACGGAGCACCAGCAGCUGGAGGGCUGGAGGUGGAACAGGCCUGGCGACAGGAUCCUGGACAUAGAUAUCCCGAUGUCCGUGGGGAUCAUCGACCCCCGCGCCAACCCGACACAGCUCAACACCGUGGAGUUCCUGUGGGAUCCCUCCAAGAGGACGUCAGUGUUCAUCCAGGUGCACUGCAUCAGCACGGAGUUCACGCUGCGCAAGCACGGCGGGGAGAAGGGCGUUCCCUUCCGCGUGCAGAUCGACACCUUCAGGGAGAACGAGAGCGGCGAGUACACGGAGCACCUGCACUCCGCCAGCUGCCAGAUCAAGGUCUUCAAGCCCAAAGGAGCCGACCGGAAGCAGAAGACGGACCGGGAGAAGAUGGAGAAGCGGACGCCCCACGAGAAGGAGAAGUACCAGCCCUCCUACGAGACCACCAUCCUCACCGAGUGCUCGCCCUGGCCCGAGGUCACCUACGUGCCCAACGCGCCAUCCCCCGGCUUCAACAGCUCCCACAGCAGCUUCUCCAUCGGGGACGGCAGUGGGUCCCCGAGCCACCAGCCCGACCCCCCCGCGCCGCUGGCUGACACGCUGCUGCCCACCUGGAGCCCGCAGGAGGCGCAGCAGUGGCUGCACCGCAACCGCUUCUCCACCUUCUCCCGGCUCUUCAGGAACUUCUCAGGGGCAGAUCUGCUGAAGCUCACACGGGAGGAUGUGAUCCAGAUCUGCGGCCCCGCCGACGGCAUCCGGCUCUUCAACGCCCUCAAGGGCAGGAUGGUGCGGCCCCGCCUGACCAUCUACGUGUGCCAGGAGUCGCAGCAGGUGAGGGACCCCCAGCACGAGCACGAGGACGGCGACGGCAGCAGCGGCACCUUCUUUGUUUACCACGCCGUGUACCUGGAGGAGCUGAGGGCGGCCGAGCUGGCGGAGAAGCUGGCACAGCUGUUCCGGGUGCCCGCCCAGCACAUCCAGCACAUCUACAAACAGGGCCCCACGGGCAUCCACGUGCUGGUCAGCGACGAGAUGAUCCAGAACUUCCAGGAUGAAUCCUGCUUCGUCCUGGACACCAUGAAAGCCGAAACCAACGACAGCUACCACAUCAUCCUGAAGUAGGGGCCAGGUGAGGGACAGGUGAGGAGCACCUGCAGCCUCUCAGCACACCUGGAGACCCCCCCCCCACUCCCAGCAGGAGGACACAGCAGAGAUCUGGGAACCCCCCAGGUGUUGUUACCUGGCCGCCCCCCUCGCAGGGAACACCUGGAAACCCUCUGGAGAGCCCCCAGGUGUGGUCAGCUGGUCCCACAGGUGACUCCUGGCAUGGACAGGAUGCUCCACUGCUGGAGCUCUGGGGCACCAGGUGUGCACCCACCUGGGAUGGGUGCUGCCUGCAGGUGGCUGCAGGUGUGAAGUGAUCUCCUGAGGUCAUCAAGAAUUCCAGAUCCAGAUUUAAUUAUGGAAAAUUGGAGGAUAAAGGAAUAACUCGGGGUGGAGGGGGGAGGGGAGGGGACAUUGCUGCGUUUUUGGGGCGAAAAGCAAAGAUUUGGCAAUUUCUGCUGAAUAUGUGAAGUGAUUGAAGCAGCUCUGGGCAGGUGCCCAGGUGAGGGAUCUGCCCAGGUGUGGGAGGUUGGUCCCCAGAUCCCUCAGACCUGGAUGCCUCCAGCCUCAGCCCAUCAGGUGUUUCAAAAAACCAGGAAAAAAGACAAUAAAAACCAAGGAUUUGAUUUAAAUAAAGCCAGGGUGGGAUCCAGGUGUGGCA